AUGUUAACUCCGGUAAGCUCUCUGCCUCUAUCGGAUUAUAUUCAAAAUGAAAUCAAUAACAACGGCGCUUCAAGAGCAAUCUGUUUGUCGAACCUGCCUUACAAUUUAUCUGAAAAGAUACUUAUCACGGAACUUUCCAAAUUCGGGGCCUUGCAGUCUGUUGAAUAUAACGUUGAUAAAAAUGCAGCCUUUGUCUACUUCACCUCGAUAUUCAAUGCCAUCAAAUGUUUCGACCAGUUGCCUUUGAGUAAUUCAAUCCUGUCAGAUUCCAAGAUAUUUUACUCGAAUGACGGAAAUUCAGUAAACAUACCGGCUUUUUCUGCAUCCAACUCUUUCAUGAACACUACGUUUGCAAAUAAAUCUGAAUUAGAUCUUUUCAAAGAGAACCGCCCAAAUAAUAUGCUUACCUAUUCAAGAACUUCAACUUCAUUAUCUUCUCCACUUUACCUGGGUGGAUUACCAAGUGGAACAACUAGUGAGGACGUUUGUAACAAAAUUAGAGGAGGUAUCCUAGAGAACAUCAAACUGCUUUCCGAUAGGAAAGCUGCUUUUUUGACGUUUGUAUACCAUCAUGACGCAGCAAACUUCAUUGCUAGAACAUUCAAAGAAAGCCUUUUCAUUAAUUCCAAGUGUGCCAAAGUUGGAUGGGGUAGAAAUUCUGGUAAUUUAAAUCCUGAAAUCCAAUUAGCUGUUGACAACGGUGCAUGUAGGAACCUUUAUAUUGGUGUCAAUGAAGAACUGGAAGAUCAAGAUGAUUAUGAACUGAUACCAGAUACCUUGCGCAGAGAUUUCUCAAUAUUUGGAGAGAUUGAACAGAUCAACUAUUUCAAAAAUGGGUCUUGUGCAUUUAUUAACUUCACUAACAUUUUGUCCUGUAUCAAAGCCGUCAAUGAUUUCCAAAGUGAAAGAAGUAAAAAGCUACACAAUUCCUUUGAUAAUAGAUACACAAAGUUCAGAAUCUCGUAUGGUAAGGACAGGUGUGGUAACCCCCCAAAG